AUGGCAGUGUGCGACAAGUGGGUCGCCCUCAAGAUUGUGGAGUUUUUGAUGUGCGUUGCCUGCCUGGUGACUCUGAGGAUCUCUCAAGACGAUGAGGUGCGGCUGGCGUUGCUACUGCAGAAAAUGUCUCGCGAGUGGUCGCUGCUUACAUCCGUUACCUGGGACUCUGUGGGAGGGGCUUUUGCUGAUGCUAUUUAUGGAGGUUAUACAAUUAUAACUUUCGGCCUGAUAAUAGCAAGAGUGUUUCAAGAGAUACCGAGGGGCCGGCGGAUUCUGGAGGGGUAUUUCUUAGGGUUCGGGAUGCUGUUCUUUUUGAUUCUAGGUGGUCUAGAACUGGCAGCCUUAGAUUCUAUACCCCGGAAUCUCGUCGUGAACGCAUCCAUCCUAGGCAGUUUCUCGCUAUUCGUAGCCGCUUUAUUCCUAGUAGACCUUAUGGGUCCGAGGAUAUACACAGCCACGAACCAAUCUCAAACAGACCCGUUUUCAUCACCGAGCCCACAAAAAAAAGUGUCUAUAAUUUCAUCACCUACUUUAAAUGGACGUCCACCUACCGAAAAGGCGAACGGGGUUAGUGUAGUUGAUGGACACACACCUGCUGAAAGACCCAAAGAUUUAGAUUUAGAGAAGAAUGUACACGAGAAAGAUUCAAAAACCGAAGAACUUACCAUAUUCGAACAGUCCAAGAAUGGAUAUCCAAAGUUUGACGAUACACUUGAGAAGGACGAACUACAUAGGUCCAAAUUCGGAUCUUUACGCAACGGAAUGGAGUCUGGCAACUACGUACGUCUGUCCGAUCCUUUAUCCAUACCAGACAGAUUCCACUACGAGCAAGAACUAGCUAAGUUCAACGAAAAAUACCUUAGAGAUUAUCUAGACAAUUUUGCAGGCAAGUUAUCUGUCAAAGAAAACUAUUUACCUGAACCUCAAACGCCUGUGUUUGCGAAGGUGAAAACAGGACGGUUGCAUGGUUUAUAUGACGAAAUGUCGCCAAGUUUUGAACAGAAGCGGUCAAAAUCGCCAACUCCACCAACUAAAGCCAAGACUGUACCAGCCCCGACUUUGCAGCAACUCGAAGAUUACUUGCGAGGGUCGACAAGGUCCAAGAGGGCAGAUACACCAGCCUUGUUUCCUAUGGAGCCCAUAGUGGAGAAAGAGACUAACGACGCGGAAGGGAGAGCGUCGGGCACCCCUACAGAUCCGGGUUAUGUGCAAUACACUGCAGGCAGGUGGUCUGACAGGAAUCAAAGGGAUCUACGGACUCCGAGACAUAGUCCUACGAAGUAG